GUCGCCCACGCUCUCUUCUCCCCGCCCCGCAGGCCCCGGGGACGCGCAGCAUUCGGUAUCUGGCGCCCGUGCGUGAUGACGCACAUGCGCGCGAAGACGUGGGGACGCAGGCGGGGGCCGUAGAGAGCGUUUGGCUGCCUAUAUAUCUUUCCCAAUUCCUAAAACCUGACCGCGUUUUCUCAGCACUGGUUUGAUAUCUAACUAUGCAGCGGAGAUCAAGGGGAAUUAACGCUGGACUUAUUCUGCUCCUCUCUCAAAUCUUUCAUGUUGGGAUCAGCAAUAUUCCACCCGUCACCCUCGCAACUUUGGUUCUCAACAUCUGGUUCUUCUUGAAUCCUCUGAAACCGCUGUUUGAGUCCUGCCUUAGCGUGGAGAAGUGUUACCAGCAAAAAGACUGGCAGCGCUUACUGCUUUCUCCUCUUCACCACGCAGACGACUGGCAUUUGUAUUUCAACAUGGCAUCCAUGCUUUGGAAAGGAAUACAUCUGGAAAGAAGACUAGGCAGUCGAUGGUUUGCCUAUGUCAUCGUCACAUUCUCCUUGCUCACUGGAGUGCUGUACCUGUUCUUGGAAUUUGCUCUUGCAGAAUUUUUGGAUGAACCUGACUUCAGAAGGAACUGUGCUGUGGGUUUCUCAGGAGUUUUGUUUGCUUUGAAAGUUCUUAACAACCAUUAUUGCCCUGGAGGUUUUGCCAACAUUUUGGGCUUUCCUGUACCCAACAGAUUGGCUUGUUGGGCAGAACUUCUGGCUAUUCAUUUCAUCUCGCCAGGGACUUCCUUUGCUGGGCAUCUGGCCGGGAUUCUUGUUGGAAUGAUGUACACUCAUGGGCCUCUGAAGAAAAUCAUGAAAAAAUGUGCAGGCAUUUUUUCUUCCAAUAUGCAUUAUCCCGGGCAGCAGUACCAUGUUAAUAAUUCAGGCUACUCCAGAUAUCAGGAUUCUUACCAGUAUGGAUGGCAAACCUACUCUGAAGAAAUACCCAGAAACUAUGAUGCCUACACAGCAGGACUGAGUGAGGAGGAACAACUGGAGAGAGCAUUAAGAGCCAGCCUCUGGGACCGAGGGACCAGUGGGCCAAGCCCGCCGCCCUACGGGUUCCGUCUCUCAGCAGAAGAAGAAAUGAGAAGGCAGCGGCUUCGCAGAUUUGACCACCAGUGAGGGGGCCGCUUGCGGGAUUACGACCCGUGUGGUUCUUCCCCCGAGCCUGCCUCUGCACCGAAGCCCAGUGCAGCCUCCUCUGCUGUGGGCCUCACUCCUCCAUCCCGGGGCCCCCAUGGGUCUCCGUGCACGGCCGUGUUGACUUGUCUGGAGAGCAGCCUUCUGGGUAUGCUCCCAGCGGUCCGGGGAGCGGCCCUUCUCCUGGCCCCUGCUCCCCGACAGGUAGAAGGGUGGUUCCACCUCGCAGCGACCCACCUCCACAUGCCUCUCUCUCUCUCUCUGUGUCUCUCGGGCUGCUCGCACAAUGGUGCCUCAGCCUCGUUCGGUCCCUAAAGAUCGUGACUUUCACGGGCCUGGAAGAUCAGGCCCCCCAUCGUGGCCAGCGUGCCCCAUGCUCGACCUGGCAGGAAGCGCGAAGCCAUUCCUGGGCCUCCUGACACGCUGCCAUGGUGGCCUCCCGGGAACAGAGGUGGCCACUGUAAGGGGAUGUUGUUCUGGUCACCCCCACAUAGGCACCUCAGUUCCUUGUGCCCUUAUGCCUGGAUGGCAUUGACCUCGUCCCCCCUCAGCUCUUACGUGGCUCUGCCUUUACAGAAUGUUUGGCUGGAAAAGCGUGGGUAAGACCUCAAGUGGGGAAACCAGCCACACACUCCGCUCGAUGUCGGGUGGCACAGCAUUCUGGGCUUGCAGCAGCCCCGCCUGCCAGCUGACGACAGGAUCGGUUCCCAGAGCUCUGUGACCUGUGUUAUGAAGCAGCAGGAAAGUUGUCUGCUGGGCUGGUCAUGGAGAAGUCCCUCCGGAGGAGGUAUUUCUUUCUCCUAAAAAGUGCCUUUUAAAUGGCAGUAACAGCCACGUGUCCUGUCCGGGCCCAGGACCACUGCAGCAUCAGAGACCACGGGCCGCCCAUGUUACUCCUGGUGCUUGUAUUCCAUGAAUAAAAGGACAAAGAUACCUCUUA